CUGAUGUGCUCACGGCCGCAGGUUAUGCGCUGUCUAAACUAAUUCAGUCGGAUCACAUGCCAGCCUGAAGGGAAGCGGCGGCAGCAUCAUAAAUGGGAUGAAACUCAGUGCUUCAGAUAACACAUCCUAUUAUCAGCCGAUCUGCGAACAACGGAUCCUUUUUAAUUAAUGUUUUGAAGGGUAGGCAGAUUGACUAAAGUAUUGUUUUGAACGGAGCGCGCCAUCUCUCCGGGUGUGAAAAUGUUCACACGAAUGGUCUCUCGCGUCGCACUUUUUACACGCCGUCUCCCGCCGGCGGUGAGUCUGACCACAGUGGCCGGUCCAGUCCAUCCGUCUGCUCUCCCAUCGGCGUACCCCUCCCCUCCUUACUCUCCGUCCGUGCUCUCUCUCCCCUCUCUGCCCGGUACAUACAUCAGUAUGUCUUUAGCACUGGUAGUGCUAUACACCCCCUGAACGGAGACGGAGCUCGUUUAGUAUUCCGCGCACAAGGCGGCGAGAGAGAGAGAGAGAGAGAGAGAGAGAGAGAGAACGCGCACGAGAGAGAGGGAGGGGAGAAGGAGUGAAAUAAGGAGAAAAAACGAGGGUGAGAAGACAAGAAAAAUACACAGCGAGAGAGGAGAAGAGGAAAGAGGAAGAGGGGAGCGGAGAGAUACCUUAUUGCUCCCUCCCAGUCUAUCCCUCCGUGCCAUCAUCCUCAUCCCAGGCAGCUAUAGCUGGAGUCACCUCGAGAUCCUCCUCAAAUGGAACAACGGCCCUCCGUCAACAGUAAAGUUUGACUCACACGACUGGAAAAACCACAGCGUCUCCCGGAAGGUCCCACAGGAACUACGUGACCCAGAAUUCUACUCUCUAUGCUGAUGCUGUUCUGAGAGGCAGACUUCAUAAUAGGCCACCCCCAGACCAACUCUCAUAUUAGCGUUUGGAGCUUGUGCCAUUGUGGGAGGCCGAAGGAAAUCUAGUACUAACCGUGAACUGGCAGACGGAUAUGCCAGCCAUUCUGCCGUGAUCUGGCUCCCUGGCUCCCUGACGCCAUCAUGACAAGGACUCUGCAGCUGACCUGCCAUAUAUGUUUAAAACCCCUUCCCCAGACACUGAUGACUGUGUUGUAAGGGGUGGGUGUGGCCUAGCAAUUAAUGGGCAUAUCAGUCCCAGAUGGCUUUUAGAUUAACGCAGGCCUAAAAGGCUGUGCCUAACAGAGCCCACCCUACCCCCUUACUCCGAUCCUGAUUGGCUCUGCCGCAUUCACAUCAAACAAACAACUCCACUCCCCUCCACUGGUUAGACCCCUGCAAAAGAAAAGUGGCCAGACCCUUCCCGCUCAGGCACCGACUGACUGGUGUUUGGGGGGCGGUAGGGCCUGCGCUGAGCUGAGCUGAGCUGAGCUGAGGGUUGGAUUGGAUUGGCUGUCUCGUCUGCGUCUGCGUUGGCUGGGGAGUGAGAUGCGGAUAGGAGGAUGUCGGGGGACUGGGAUGAAGACCUGUGCAAGAAGGCGUUCAUGCUCGUGGAGGAACUGUGCUUCAAGUCCCCCGAGGGCCGGAGCCAGAGCGAACACUGCCAGGAGUUCAGCUACAUCAUGAGGGGCGGCAGCAGGCCGCAGGAUUCAGAGAUCUCAGUGAGCCUCCUCUCAGUCAUCGUGACCUUCUGCGGCAUUGUCCUGCUCUCCGUCUCGCUGUUUGUUUCCUGGAAGCUCUGCUGGUUGCCAUGGCGCGACAAUGGGGGCCUGAGUGACGGCGGGCCUGUUGCCGGGCGGCGGCGGGGCGGGCGGGUUGGGCUGCGGCGGGGGCUCCUCCCUGCUCCCCCCUCUGCUGCAGAGGAAGGACACGCACUCGUCCUCCUCACUCUACCCGUCCCUGUCGCAACCGCCCCAGCACCACCCGCACUUCUCCGACCUGGUGGGGGUGGAGAGCGGCGGGGGGCUGGUGGUGGGGGGGGUGGUGGGGGGCCACAGGAGACCCAGGAGCAUUCCUACCUGGACAUGGACUCCUACCCCAACAACGCUGGGAGUCUGAAGUUGAACACCACGUCUCCAGAGUUGCCCCCCACAUCUGAAGGCGCCCAGCCUCCCAAGGAGCUGCCCAAUGCCCACUCUCAGCAGCAGGUCACCACCAGGCCCAAGCCCAUGACUCACCAGCUCUCCAGCCCCGACUUCCACGGCGAGGACAAGAGCGACCAGGUGACCAGCAUCGGCCAGAUCAAACCGGAACUCUACCGGCUGCGCCAGGGCGACCAAGGGGAUGGCAAACCGGGGGACACCUGCGGCAAGAUUAGCUUCCUCCUUCGCUACGCCUUCAACACGGAGCAGCUUGUGGUGAAAAUCCUGAAAGCUUUGGAUCUGCCAGCGAAGGACGCCAACGGCUUCUCUGACCCCUACGUCAAGAUCUACCUGCUGCCAGACAGGAAGAAGAAAUUCCAGACCAAGGUCCACAGAAAGACCCUGAAUCCUGUCUUUAAUGAGACAUUCCAGUUCGGGGUGCCGCUGGCCGAGCUGCACGCGCGGAAGCUGCACUUCUCCGUCUACGACUUUGACCGCUUCUCCCGCCACGACCUCAUCGGCCAGGUCGUCGUGGACAACCUGCUGGACUUCAGUGAGGGCAGUGGGGACAAGCCCAUCUGGAGGGACAUUGUGGAGGGGGCAGCGGAGAAAGCGGACCUGGGCGAGCUGAACUUCUCACUGUGCUACCUGCCGACUGCCGGCAGGCUCACUGCCACCAUCAUUAAAGCCACCAACCUCAAAGCCAUGGACCUCACCGGCUUCUCGGACCCUUACGUGAAGGCCUCGCUGAUUUGCGAUGGGCGUAGGCUGAAAAAGAGGAAGACCUCCAUUAAGAAGAACACGCUGAACCCAACCUACAAUGAGGCGCUGGUCUUUGACAUUCCAAACGAAAACAUAGAGAAUGUUAACGUGAUCAUUGCAGUUAUGGAUUAUGACUGUAUCGGGCAUAAUGAGGUCAUCGGGAUGUGUCGCGUAGGCAGCGACGCAGAAGGACCUGGAAGAGAACACUGGACGGCCAUGUUGGCGAACCCCCGCAAACCCAUUGACCAAUGGUACCAGUUGGUUGAGGAGAAGGCCAUGACCACAUUUGUGUCAAAGAGUGCCACAGCUUCCCCUAAGCCUCACAUUGUGGUGGAUAGCCCUCACUCUGAAUAGUCCUGUCAGCAUUAUCUCUCAAGAUUCCAGACUUUCAUUCUUUCUCUCAUCAUCUGUGAAUAGUUCUCUCCAUCAAAGGAAGAAAGAAAGAAGGAAGGAGGAGAGGCGCUAGUGCUGUGCUAGUGCUGUUCAGAUGCUAAUGGCGAAGCCUGUGAGACAGACACACCACCAUGCAGAGAUGUCACCAUGUUAACUGGACACUAAAGGCUCUCUCUCAAUCACAUACAUAUUGUACACACACGCACACACACACACACACACACGCACACGCACACGCACACGCA